AGCAGUUGGUAAAUACCGCGUAACAGCAAAAUGCGCAAAAUUGAGAUAUUGUGCCAGUCGAUUCGAAACGCAUAUUGGCUUAUAUUAGGCUUCACAGAAUUUAAAUUAUCCAAUUAGAAACGUACAUUUUGCCAUCGAAACAAUACCGCGGAACAGUAGGCGGCCGGAAGUUAGAAGCAAUUCCGCGUAUUUACUACAGCGGCAAGAAAAAUAUAUCGAAAAUAGUAAAGUGCUCCCAGAAAUAACUAUUUUUCUGAGAUAAACCACCACAUCCACCUUUCCCAUGACUCGAGAAAAUACAGAAGAAUCAAUGCUCUGCUUUCUACUACUGAGCUAUCCUACGUGAAUACUUAAAAUAAUCUUAAAUAGUAAAAAAUAAAUCAAAAUGCAUUUUCUAAAAUCAUUCUUCAAGAGGAUCACGGAUGAUCUGAAACAGAAGAAGCUGAUACCUCUGAAGAUAUUGUUUUUUGUUCAUGUCUCCACGCUGACAGUGCUCUACCCGUACCUGACGAUCCACAUGCGCGAGCUGGGCAUAGAUGUGGAGGAGACGGCCAUCAUGUCCGCCGUGACACCUGUCAUCUCCAUCGUCAUGCCGCCGCUCGCCGGCAUGCUCGCCGACAAGAUCGGCAACUUCAGGUUACUCCUAGCACUAUCUUCAGCGCUGGGCGGCGCGUCAGCUCUCCUGCUGCUAGCAGUUCCUGUUGGUCGGAUCACAUUGACGUUCCCAUCAGAGGUAGACCUGCUGGUAUCCUGUGACGCAUCAGCAUUAAGAUUGGAACACGUCAGGGAAUAUCCGUGCGUGCCGAAACAUCCGUAUGCGUAUGAUAUCAAUCUUACCGUGUUAUCAUGCGGUUUUGUUUGCGAUCUACCACUCGGGCUGUCGCAAGAGGACACGGUACACAAGAACUCGUACGACGUCCACCUCGAGUCGCUCAACAGCCAGCGAAUCGUCUUUCGCAACACCGUCUCAGCACCAUUGACUCUGAAAGAGAAACCCCUGAAGGAGCACAGCAAAUCUGAAGUUAUAGAAAGCGACCCCUUCUUCAACUCGACUGCUUCUAGGGUGUCGGACGGCCAAGUUUUCUUCCCCACUCCCCACUUGUUCGACAUCUUUUGCACCCACGAUGACAACAACGCGACGUGCACUUUCGGCAAAGUUCUCAACGAUUUUGGUGAGAACGCCAAACAGAUGCAGUACAAGGUCCGAGUGUCCCACGAUGCUCAGAAGGACAACGAUGUCCGAAGUUAUUGGGUUAAUGCAGUUUCCUUCGGCAACUAUUCUGAACAUCAUCAGGACUUUGAUGGAAUAGAUAAUACUGUUUGCUACGAUAGCUUUCCCCAGGAUAAUGAAAGUGAGAAAGUGUGGGUGCGAGUUGGUCCCAGACGUCUGACAGAGUGUACGGCGGCGUGCGCUGCGGUCGUCCCAAGAAAAGCUCUCUGUGACAACCAGCAGCAGAGGAUUGAAAUAGACCCAGUGUUCACGUUUUGGACUUACUUAGCUGUUCGCGUCUUCAUCGGCAUCAUCAGCGGCACCUCGUUCGCCAUGUUCGAGGGCGCCGUGAUAGCCAUCGUCCGCGACCAGCGCGCUGACUACGGCCUGCAGCGGCUGUACGGCAGCAUGGGCGGCAUGAUCUCAUCCCCGCUCUCCGGUCUGAUGAUAGACUAUGCCAGCAGGGGGAAGGGGUAUACGGACUUCAGGCCGGCCUUUUACCUGUAUGCAGUACUGAAGGUGCUCUCUGGCGUGUUGAUGUUGAGCAUCGACCUGGAGUUCAAGCAGCCGGCUCAGAACCUGCUGACUGAUGUCCUACACGUGUUCAAGAAUGUCGAGCUGGUUGCGCUGUUCACUGCGUGCUUUGUUAUGGGUACCGCGUGGGGCUAUAUCGAGAGCUUCCUGUUCUGGCUGCUGCAGGACCUGGGCGCGUCGCGGUCGCUCAUGGGCAUCACGAUUACGGUGGGCGGCGUGGCCGGCCUGCCGCUGCUGGUGCUGUCCGGGCCCAUCAUCAACAGGGUCGGCCACGCAAAUGUCAUAUUUGUGGGCUUCGUGUUCUAUGCUAUACGACUUUUGGGCUACUCGCUCAUCUACAACCCGUGGCUGUGCCUGAUCUUCGAGGCGCUGGAGUCGGUGACGUCGUCGCUGUCGUUCACGGCGGCGGUGACGUACGCGGCGCGACUCUCCUCCACCACCACCGACACCUCCGUGCAGGGCCUGCUGGGCGGGCUGUACUACGGCGUCGGCAAAGGAUCAGGCAGUCUGAUCGGCGGAUACCUCAUGAAGUUCAUCGGUACUCGGCCCACGUACCAGCUGUUCGCCGGUGCCACCCUCAUCACUGGCUGCAUCUACUACCUAUUCAACAAGUUCUACAUCGGGGACAGAAAAAUGAACGAUGACAACGACAUCUGCAAAAAGAAACACACGGACGUGGAGGCCACGAACAAAACCACCAAACUCGAAAUCUCGCCGCUAGAUGUCGCCAGCAAGAUAGAACCUAAAAGUUACGAUGUCUCUAAGAAUGAUGCUCCGGAGAAUGUAGAUGGCGGCAGUGAUUCUGGCGUGGAUAAUCCCGCCUUCAACGACGAAGAGUCGAAUCGGAAGAAGAAAGAUGAAGAGAAAGCCGUAUGACAAUGUACAGUGUGUAAGAAAAGUUGAUUCAUUGGCGUGUCUGAUCAUAAUUUGGUCGCGUUAUGUGAACCCCGGACGACAGAACAUUGAAUUGAUAAAACCUGACCAAAUUAUGCAGGUCAUUCCUUUGAAUCAAUUUCUUCGAAGGUACAAAGAAGCUAUUGAAACUUUAAUGAUCUGUACUUUUGACAGGAAUUAAGGGUCUAAUGACAUGUGAUAUUUUUAAACAACAGCCAAUAUUUUUAUUUAUGUAUACACUACUUUGAAUAUUAUAUUUUGGGGCCUCUUUACGUUGGUUCAUGAUGGACCAAUACAAGCAAUUACGAUCGUGUAGAGGAGCAUAUUCGUUUAUGAUUGCCUAUGAUCGAUGAUUGAUUACUGUAUGAUUGUAUUAGCUCCGUGGGUAUAAGAACAGCGUUGCCAGAUUUUUUUUGUUCCAAGUCGGGACUUGGAACUUUUUGAGUGAAAAUAUAAAAGUCGGCCAAACGCGGGACAUAGUAAAAAAAAUGUAUAAAAUCAAAAUUUUUCGAAUUUUUAUC